AUGCGCAGCUCCUCGAGAUCCUCGUCUUCCUCCUCUGCUUCCGACUUCAAAAGUCCUCGCACAGCACGGUUCGCAGAGGCAACGACAGUAAUCUCACCUAUUGAUCCGUCGGACGGAGGCCGAUCACCGUUUGCCGACCCUCCGGCUUCUGUCAUGAAGGAGGCUCAGCAUCAUGUAUCGGAUGUUGGAUUCGGAUAUGUGGCUGACAGCGAUCCUUCACGAUAUGCGCAUCAACCUAUGACCCCGGCCUCGCCUUUGAAAAGCGCUCUCAAAACCCCAGGUACCGCAAGGACGCUGAACCCGUUUAGUCCAACAUUCCGCGAGGAGGUCAGAUUAGAAAAGGAAGAAGUGAAGACGGCGAGAGAGAACAAGCGAGAUUUGAAAAUCAAAGUCCGAGUCCGAGCUGCCAAGGUUCUUUUACGAACUGUAAACUUUAGCUGCUCUCUCAUUGUCCUCUCGAUGCUGUCAACCAGCUUGACCAUUUUUAGAGCCACCAAAGAUCUGCCUGCUCGCAGUAACCUUCCACCAUGGGCAGUAGGAACAAACCCUUGGCCACAAUAUUUGCUUCUGGUCAUGUCAUGCGUUUCUCUGGCUGCUGCUCUAUUCGUCUUUUACGGAUACUGGCGAGGCGGUCAUCGCCGAGCUGAAAAGGUUGCUGUGUGGUACUCUGUCUUUUCGGUUGGCUUCUUCACCUUCAGCACUGUUAUGUGGGUAGUCGGAGCAGCCGUCUUCCAGAGCUCAAAAGCAAAUAGCAAUGGGCAAGAUCUAUGGGGAUGGUCUUGUAACGAUAAUCUCCGCCACCAGCUGUUCCAGGAUCAGGUCAACUAUUCCUUGGUCUGCCGUUUGCAAGAUUGGUCACUGGUGUGUGCGAUUAUCGAAAUCGUCCUCGAAGUGAUUGUCAUCUGCAUCUAUGCCGUCGGCUUUUACCGAUUCUACACCAAACAGCGCCUGAGGAAGACUAUGGAUAUCCGCGAUAAGGCCCGUUCAGACUUGUAUCUUGCUCAGCUCCGUGUUCAAUCUGCACCAAACACACCUGGAUUUUUCCCCAUGACACCCAAGUCUCCAUACAUGUCAAUGGCCGCUCAGCAAUACCAUCGAGAUGCGUACUCUGCAGCCGAGAAUGGUGAGAGCUACGCCGUUCAAUACGCAACACCAAAGUCACCCACACGCGUAGUAACCAAACCAUUCCAACUUCAAGCACCCCCUAUCCGGGUGCAGAACGCGACACCAAAGGUCGCUCAACAGGGCUUUGGAGCUCCUGCUGUUGGCAUCGCUCAGUCUUCAGACCACUCCAAUGAAGAAGAUAUGUCGGAGAAGGUCAAUGACCAUGUUGGCGCUGCUCCGGGGGAAAAGACCUACGAAGCCGUGCCGAUUCCGGGAGCGUAUGCUGGACCAAUGAGUCCCAGCUAUCCUCCUCCGCCAGGUCAGAGUCAUGGAUAUGACUAG